AUGGCCAAUAAAUAUGAUGUGCAAAGGUUUCUCGAGAAAAAGUAUGCACACAGCCAAUCCUACUAUUACUCCAAGACUCUAAAUGAUUUUGUGAGUUCUGCAAGAACCUCCGAUGUGAUUGGGUUCUAUUAAGUUAUGGCCUAUCGAGAGGAUUCCGAAUAUCUAAAGCGAUUCUAUUGCUUAAGUAAGUAUGCAUUAUCGAUAAUCCUCAUUAGGUGAGGUGUUCCAAAAGCUUCGUCUCUUUACCGAAUACUACAAAUAUCACAACGAGAUACCUCGGUUCUUCAUGCCACAUUUAUGUCACAUUAUGAGCAAGUAUUUUAUUCAUAGACAUAGAUCAGUUAUCAUGAUAAGAGGAGAAGGAUCGAAUAUUAUAGGAUCAAGAGAAUCAUCGAAGAGGAAAAUAGAAAUAACCCCAAUAAACCCAAAAAGGCCAUUGUUGGAGACUCGCCCCAAGAAGCUGUUCCCACAUCUCCUAAACCCUAACAGGCAUAUAGCAAGAUCCUAUCUGGCAUUUAGGAUGCUUCCACAACUAUUGAAACCAUCAAUAAUAAAUUGAAUGCAUUAUAAAUUAAUGUUGGCGAGUUAAAUCUUUAGCCAUCUAAUCGAGAAUAAGAAUAGUUACAAAAUUUCAUUCAAUUUAUGGUAGACAAAUAAAAACUCAAGACUAUCACUCAACAUGUAUAACUGAACUCCCCUAAAACUUAUAAUAAACUCCCAAUAGGAGUAAGUCAACAGACCAUAAAACAAAUUAUAUCAAGAACUUAGAAAAAUUAAUAGACCUUUCACAUGUCCCCAAAAACAGGAACAGAUGCCCAAACUUAAAGUGGUCUCUAUACUUAAAGAAUCCUCAAAGGUCCUCUAUAGAAAAUGCUCACUCCUGCACAAAUCUACACUAUGAAUUCCCCGUCGAAUCACACUCACAAUAACACUGCCAUCCCAUAGAAAUCGAAGUACAUUUAAAUUUUAAGCUAGAAUAUCUUCAUCGAAAAAUCAUUAACAAAGUCUCUCGUUGUCAAAGCAAUUUAAAAUUAAUGAUGCAAUGCGUCUACCUUUACGAAUGCACCAACAUACUAGAUCUGAUGUUCGCAUUUACAGGAAAUGA